GGCCGCCACGCUUUCCAGCUGGAGUCCUAGGGCGCUGACUGCUCCCCAGUUUCCGUAGGGAAGCGCCGGGCUACCGCAGCUAUUGUGCGUCGCGCUGUCGCCCUCCUCUUCCCGCUCCGGUGUCUAAGGGGUUGGGGGAGAAGACUACGUUUUCUAGCCGCCCCAGCUUAACCCUUCCGGCGCCUAACCAGACAGCAGGCCGGUUCCUUGGGACUAGGAAGACCUCCCCGCAGUCGGCGGGCUUUGGUAACGCAACCCUAGGGUCCAAGGCAGACAACUGCAAAAGCAGCCCCAGGGUUCGGGCUCGGGAAUCGGGCUUCGCUCCGGGCGCGGAGGACGCGCUGGCUUUAAGAAGGGGGAGGGGACAGUGCAAUCCCGGUUGCCCGCGGAGUUCGGCAAAGGAAAUCUCCUGCUAGCCUGAGAGCCGAGAGCGAGGAAGAGAGGCGGCUCCCUAUCCCAGCGCUCACCCCCGCCUACACCCUGGGCGGGCCCAAGUGUCACGUUUGCAACAGCCCAGGAAGGAUCCGGGCCGUCUCUGGAGGGAGCGGGGCUGCGGUUUUUUGCUGCCCAGCCGGGAGGCGAUGCCUAGGGGGCAUGCUGCUAGCUAGGCGUCAUUCCGCCGGGAUCUCACUGCGUUAGUUAGCUCUCGCCAUCACCUGAAGCAGCCGCCCGGCCGCCCGUUCUUCCUCCGCACCCGGCAGCGCUCCCCAGGAGACCCACUGGAACAGAACUAUGGGGCAUCCUCCGCUGGAGUUCAGCGACUGCUACCUGGACAGCCCCGAUUUCCGGGAAAGGCUCAAGUGUUAUGAGCAAGAGCUGGAGAGGACCAAUAAAUUCAUCAAAGACGUGAUCAAAGACGGCAACGCGCUUAUCUGCGCUAUGAGAAAUUACUCCUCUGCUGUUCAGAAAUUUUCCCAGACACUGCAAUCAUUUCAGUUUGAUUUCAUCGGAGACACUCUGACUGAUGAUGAGAUUAACAUUGCUGAAUCUUUCAAGGAAUUUGCUGAAUUACUCAAUGAAGUAGAAAAUGAGAGGAUGAUGAUGGUGCAAAAUGCUAGUGAUUUGCUGAUUAAACCCCUGGAAAAUUUCCGAAAGGAGCAAAUAGGCUUCACAAAGGAGCGGAAAAAGAAAUUUGAAAAGGAUGGGGAAAGGUUUUAUUCUUUGCUGGACCGGCACUUACACUUGUCAUCCAAAAAGAAAGAAUCUCAGUUACAAGAGGCAGACCUCCAGGUGGACAAGGAGAGACACAACUUCUUUGAGUCCUCCCUCGAUUAUGUUUAUCAAAUCCAAGAAGUUCAGGAGUCCAAGAAGUUCAAUAUCGUGGAGCCAGUUUUGGCCUUUCUUCAUAGCCUCUUCAUUUCCAACAGCUUGACUGUGGAGCUCACACAGGAUUUCCUCCCAUACAAACAGCAGCUCCAGCUCAGUUUGCAGAAUACAAGAAAUCAUUUCUCCAGCACCCGGGAAGAGAUGGAAGAACUUAAGAAGAGGAUGAAAGAAGCUCCCCAGACAUGCAAGCUUCCAGGACAACCAACCAUCGAAGGCUAUCUGUAUACGCAAGAGAAAUGGGCGUUGGGAAUAUCCUGGGUGAAAUACUAUUGCCGGUAUGAGAAGGAGACUAAAACACUCACCAUGACACCAAUGGAACAGAAGCCGGGUGCUAAGCAGGGGCCCUUGGACUUAACCUUGAAGUAUUGUGUGAGAAGGAAGACAGAGUCUAUCGACAAGAGGUUCUGUUUUGAUAUAGAAACAAACGAAAGGCCGGGAACCAUCACUCUACAGGCCCUUUCAGAAGCUAACAGAAGGCUAUGGAUGGAAGCCAUGGAUGGAAAAGAACCUAUUUACCACAGCCCCAUAACGAAACAGGAAGAAAUGGAGCUGAAUGAAGUGGGGUUCAAGUUUGUUAGGAAGUGCAUCAAUAUCAUUGAGACCAAAGGGAUCAAGACAGAGGGGCUCUACCGCACUGUGGGCAGCAACAUUCAGGUUCAGAAGCUGCUGAAUGCCUUUUUCGAUCCCAAAUGCCCAGGAGAUGUCGAUUUUCAUAAUAGUGACUGGGACAUUAAGACAAUCACCAGCUCCUUGAAAUUCUACCUCAGGAAUCUUUCUGAACCUGUCAUGACCUAUAGGCUUCACAAAGAGCUGGUCUCUGCUGCCAAGUCUGAUAACCUGGACUACCGGCUGGGAGCCAUCCAUUCCCUGGUAUAUAAGCUACCAGAAAAGAACCGAGAGAUGCUAGAACUUCUGAUAAGACACUUGGUCAAUGUGUGUGAGCACAGCAAAGAGAAUCUUAUGACCCCCUCCAACAUGGGAGUGAUCUUUGGGCCCACCCUGAUGAGAGCUCAGGAGGACACUGUGGCUGCCAUGAUGAACAUCAAGUUCCAGAAUAUUGUUGUAGAAAUUCUAAUCGAGCACUUUGGAAAGAUCUACUUAGGCCCACCCGAGGAAAGUGCUGCGCCCCCAGUGCCUCCACCUCGGGUGACAGCAAGAAGGCACAAACCAAUCACAAUUUCAAAGCGCUUGCUGCGAGAAAGGACCGUGUUCUAUACUUCUUCCCUGGAUGAAAGUGAAGAUGAAAUCCAACAUCAAACACCCAAUGGUAUGAUCACCAGCAGCAUAGAGCCCCCCAAGCUGCCACAGCACCUCAAACUACCUACUCAGAAGAGUGGGGAAGUGGAUCCUGGCAGGAAGUCCCCAAACAAGCCUGUUUCUGAUGGCAAGUUGGAGCCCUGCACCGACGUGGACGUAGGGAGAUUGGUGUCUAGGUUACAGGAUGGAGGGAGCAAGGCCAUCCCGAAGGCCACCAACGGGCCAGUGCCAGCCUCUGGGCCCACCAAGACACCCUCUUUCCACAUAAAGAGACCAGCUCCCAAACCCGUGGCACACCACAAGGAGGGGGAUGCUGACAGUUUCAGUAAAGUGCGGCCUCCAGGAGAAAAGCCCACCAUCAUUCGUCCCCCAGUGAGGCCCCCAGAUCCUCCCUGUCGGGCAGCUACUCCCCAGAAGCCAGAAACAAAGCCAGAUGUGGUGGCUGGCAAUGCAGGGGAAAUCCCAUCAUCUGUGGUGGCUUCCAGGACCAGGUUCUUUGAAACGGCUUCCCGGAAAACAGGAAGUUCGCAAGGCAGAGUUCCUGGAGAUGAGAGUUGAGGCCACAGGUUGUAAAGAGCCAUGGCCUCAGGGGACCUUUCCAGGCUCUGAAAGGGUCGUCUUCAAACCCUGGUGUGCUGAGUCAUUUUGUGCUGAAGAGCAGCUCCUUCCUGGCCCUGCACUGUCAGGCUCUGGGAAGCCACGAAUAAGGGGCACAUGUCCUAGACACGUGUUUAUUUCUCCUCUAUGUUCUGUCUUCAUCCCCUCGGAAGGUCUAUCUUGAGCUCCUGCAACACUGUGAAUGGCUGCACUCCCUCAAGCCAGACUCUGCUGAAACCCAGAUGGCCACUGACCUGAGUCGAAGAGAGGAGCCCAGUUUUAAAUUCCUGUCUGAACUUCCUGCUUCUUUAAAAGGCCAUCAAAUGCUGGGCUAAAGACCAGUCUCAGGGGUCUUAUUGUGAACUAAAGGCCACUUAAGCUAUGGCCAUUGCUUAUCUUGGUUGGAGGGGAGUCGGAAUGUUUGCCGAAUAUUGGAGAAUCUUAACAUGUCCCUUACUAAGGAUAUGGACAGUGGUGCCAAUUUGGCACUCUGGUACUGCAAUAUGUCGUGAAGAGCCUCUGUGCUCCUGUGGGGCCAGACAGCAUGGGUGAUGCCUCUGCAACUCCCCAUGUGGACUUAGGAAGGUGGCCUUCCUGCUCUUGUAUACAGCCGCUUAGGACAAAUCUGCAAAGCAUGAUUUGCAUGUCACAGCAUAGGUCCAUCUGGAUUAGUGUUUCUCCUGUUCUCACCUGACAGGUUCCUUUCCAAGCAAUCAAGAAAAAAGAAUCGGUUGGUGUUAGCAGAUA